AUGCUCCCGGAAGACGCGGCAGCGCAGGGGACGCCCGGAGGCGGUGGCGCCGCCGGCGACCGCCUCAGUCGUCUACCGGACAAGAUCCUCCUCCGGGUCAUGUCGCACCUCAAGGCGUGGGAGGCGGUGCGCACGUGCGUGCUCUCCCAGAGGUGGCGCCACCUGUGGGCCUCCAUGAACCGCCUCGACAUCCGCAAGCCGUGCCCCUGCGUCGACGACGGCGACAUCAGCGCCGACCAUCCCCGGACGACGGCGUUCGCCAAAUUCGUCAAGAACCUACUGCACCGGCGGCGGCAACUGGCGCCGCUGGACUCGCUCCGCCUCUGCUGGAGCCACGAGGCCCUCGACGGGGAGGCCAACUCCUGGAUCGCCUACGCCGUCAGGCACGGCGCGGAGGAGAUCGAGCUCUCCGGGGAGCAUCACGUCGUGUACCCGUCGCCAGAGUACACGAGCUUCGUUAUUACUGACGACGACUUCAUCAAGACUCGCCUCAAGAUCUUAAAGCUUAUCCAUGUCCGGCUGGAUGACACCACCCUCACGCAGCUCAGCUCUAGGUGCACUUGUUUGGAAGAGAUAGAGCUCAAGGACUGUCAAAUACCCGAGGCCGCCAAGAUUCGGACCACCAAGCUGAAGCGUUUGGCCAUGAUCAAGUGCAAAAUCCCCAACGGCUGCUUGGUUUAUGCUCCCAACCUUGUUUCGCUCUGUUGCAGCAGGCCUUUUGGGUAUGUUCCUUGGAUCGAAAACUUGGGAGCACCUAAUGAGUACCCUAAAUACACGGACCCUGUUUCCUGCAACCUCAAGAUCUUGCAGCUCUCUCAUGUCCAUCUGGAUGACACCACCCUCAGGCAGCUCUGUUCUAGGUGUACUUCUUUGGAAGGACUAGAGCUCAAGGAUUGUUCGGUAGAGGGCAGGGAGAUUGGAUCCAUCUCGCUCAAGUAUUUGACUACGAUCAGCUGCAAAUUCGCUAUUGGGUUCAGGGUUCAUGCUCCAAACCUUGUCUUGCUGCACUGCAUCAAGCCUUUUCAACACUUCCCUCAGAUCCAGAAAAUGGAAUUCCUAGUCACAGCAGCUAUAGUUCUUGAUGACUCUUGCUUACUUUCUGAUUGUCAAUGGCCACAGGAGGAGGAUGAGUCAGAUGAUAACAGCAACAAUGAAUCUGAUGGUGACUCUGGUGAUAGCAAACACAACGAAUCUGAUGGUAGUAGUAUCUACUAUGAUUCUGAUCGCGAUCGGUCCGCACCAAGUGAUGAAGAGGACGAUGACUGUACUCUGAGUUAUAGUGUGAUUGCAGUGGACAGAUACAGAGAAUCCAAGUAUUUGAUUAAUGGCCAUAAACGCAGAGGAGAUGAACAUGAACCUGUGAAAAGUUGUGAUGAAGAGUAUGGGACCAAGAUUUCUAGUGACUUUGGUGGUAUUGGUAUGCUUUGGAGCCUCUCACAUGUUAAAACAAUGGACCUGUUAGCUCAUCCAGGAGAGGUGCUGCUUACAAGGGAAUUGAAAUCUAGCACUGAAUUCAAAAACCUGAAGAUUCUGUCCCUUGGUGAAUGGUGUAUAACUCCUGGCUUUGAUGAGUUAGCAUCCAUACUUGGGCACUCACCAAACUUAGAGAAGUUUUUUCUUCACCUUGACAUGGCAUAUAACAAAAGAUUGGGAUUCAUUCGAAGUACAAGCUCAUUCGUGUGCACUAAGCUGAAGAUGGUGAAGAUCACAUGCUGUAAGCGUGAUGUGAUGGUCCAUAGAUUGGCAGAAUUCUUCGGUGAGAAUAGCAUACCACAUGAGAUGAUUUUUGUCCAUCGGACUGCCUGCUCUGGAUGUCAGGGAAGGAAGGCUCCAGGUGAAGCGCAAGGUGCAAAGCUUUAG